AUGUCCAAUGAUCCUGGCAACGAGGUCAGCUCGCUGUACCCGCCUCCACCCCCAUACGUGAAGUUUUUCACACAAUCGAAUCUGAAAAGAUUACCAAAAUACCAGGAAAGGAAGGCCACCGGCACGAAGCAGGGAGCGUUGAACAGCCAUGGUGGUGAAGAUGAGGAGGAGAUCACGUGUGCUCUGGAUUACCUGAUCCCGCCUCCAAUGCCCAAAAAUCAGCAGUAUCGAGCGUUUGGGAGCAUAUGGCAGGUGAAGGACCAGCUACCCGACUUGGAAAGCAUGGGACUCACACAGCUUUAUAAGAAGUCCACAGAGAACGAAAGCACGAAUUACCAAUAUAAAAUCCAAGAGCUGCGCAAGCUAUUGAAGUCGCUCCUACUGAACUAUCUCGAACUCGUCGGCGUAUUGAGCAUAAACCCGGACGUUUACGAACGGAAAGUGGAGGACAUAAGGACUAUCCUUGUCAAUAUCCACCACCUGCUGAACGAGUACAGGCCCCAUCAGUCCCGAGAGUCUCUUAUCAUGCUGCUGGAGGAACAGCUGGAAUACAAGCGCGGUGAAAUCCGCGAGAUCGACCAAGUAUGCAAACAGGUACAGGACAAACUAACUAGCAUACAGGACACCUUGAGAGCGGAACCACACUCUUCUUCGCCGUCCUCUCUCUGA